AUGCCCUAUCAUUCAGAAGAGGAUCUCCGACUUUCUUCUUUCUCUCGAGCUUCAUCUCCCUUGUCCGCCGCCCCAAGCAUCAACUCGAGAGCCUCGUCACCUCUCAGCGACGCCCCGCCUUCCAGCCCGGAGCAGAUGAUUGUCACUCCCUUGGACGACGAGGAGCUCAGUGAUCUCCCUCCUUCCGAUGAUGAAUUCGAAGAGCCCCGUCCAGCCAAGAAGAGAAAGACGGGAAAGCGUCAGUCCACGUCCAAAACGCUCGUUGUGAAAGUAAAGGGAAAGGAAAAAGGCAAGGCCAAGGGAAAAUCAUCUGGUAGGAAAGCCAACGAGGACGACGUCUCAGACGCCGAGGACAGGGUCUCUCAUAAGAAGGGGGUGCUUCUGGCCUAUAAGCCGGAAUGGCAUGAUCUGCAAAAUCUGGCAUGGGAGGAUGAUGAGCCGAGCCCUCUUUACAGGUUACCAGCGGAAGUGUUGGACCGCUGCUUUGGUGCCAAAUCCGGUCUGGGAUUCCGCGACUUUAUCUCUUUGGCAGGAGUUAACAAAUUCUUCCGUAAUGCUCUAGAUGACAGGUUCUUCAAGGUUGUCUCUCAUGCUUCCAGCAUACUUUGCGGUCAGCAAUGUGAGAUCUGUAAAGAACGUCAUUUCGGAGAUCGACCUUUCUCUCACGUCCGCGACUGUUACACUCCCAAACCACCUCCUCAACGAUGGAUCAACCGCCAACCUACUCAUUACAUUCCUCGUGGUCCUCGAGCUUCAUGGACUCGCGCACAAUACACAGUCUACAAGGAAGAACAAUCCGUAUGGCGUCAGACCAUCAAAGCUGAAGAGGCUGACUUGGCCAAAGUGAUGGCUAAACACGCCAAGGCGUGCCGGAGAGACGCUAAGGCAUCAGUCAAGGUAAACUAUUAUAACAGACGAGUAUUAGCUGUCAUCGAUGGCAGAUUGAAUGGAGAACCUGCGGUUGAGAAGGAUGAUCGACGCAUGCCUGUGUCACAAGGUCUGAGGACUCCUUCUACCGGUGCUGGUAGCUCAGCUAUGGCCAAUGCAAUGGGAAGCCAAGGGUCUGAAGAACGCGAGACGGAAUCACCUGACGUUGUGAAAGUCGAACUUGAUGCUCCGACCAUUUCUGUUUCGAUACCCGACACAGAACCUUGGGUGGUGCCGGAUACAGAUGACGAGGAUCUCGAUUUCGUCCCUAUGAUCACAUACGAUGACUGUGGGGAUCCAGAGGUUCAUGAUUUCUGGCCUAGUAAACACAGACGAAUUGUAGCAAAGUUGGUGAAUGAACCUCGAAUUAGUAAAACUGAAGCGAUGCGACAAUUUAAAGUGACCGAAGCGGAGCUCAUCACUUUGAGACAUGUCCUCGUUCCAAACCCGAUGAAUGGUAAACAACCUCAACAAAUAUUCAUGCGAGCCGCAGUAGAAGCAUUAGCCUACAGAUCUCAUGGCGGGGGAGCAGGGCAUUUGGCUCAUUUGGCCAAAGCCAAAGCUCGAGCGGAUAAGGCAUUGGAAACUAGGAGGAAGAAUGGAACCAUUCAAAAGAAAAGGAAGAUUGGAUGUUCUUGUCCCGUCAUCAAAGACCUGUUAGGAUAUUCUUUCAGGGACCAUCGAUGGUGGUGUCGAACGUUUGAGGAAGAUUUUUUCUUAUGAUCACAUGUCCCGGAAUGACUGGCUGGUCAAUUCGCACUUGGAUGACCCAGUCCAUCGUGAACAAUGUGCAAAUGCGCAGUUUUCAACACAUGUUUCAAGAGUGAAAAAGGGUGUUUAGCAUAUGAUCAGAGAAGGACAAUCAUGUUGUUUUUCCGUUUUCCCUUUAUUCAGUCAGUCAGGCAUUUUCAAUUAUCCAUGUAUUUACGUAUUCACGUACCCAUGUACUCAUGUAUCACAAUUCAUGCAUCACAUGUCAUGU